AUGGCGUGUGGAGUCGGGUGUGUUGGGCACGGCAUGCCAACGGACGCUGAGGAGGACAGGAGAGUUUCAUGCUGUCUCGUUACCGGCAUGACGGGCAGCGGCAAGACAUCGCUGGUCAGGUCGCUGCUCUCGUCGCUCCCUCAAGACGCUCGUUGCAUCGUUUGCAUCCACCAGCAUGCAAAGUCCUUCGGGCUGGACUCUCAGCCCCCCAUCCCCUCCGACAUGUUGCCCUCGGACCCUCGACUCGCUCACUUCUGCCAGGUCUUCGACUUCGGGAGCGGUUGCAUCUGCUGCAGCCCGGACGGGGACCUGACGAGGGAGCUGGUGGAGAGGAUCCCUCACAUGGCUACAGCAGGAUACUCCCACCUCAUCAUCGAGAGCACCGGACUGGCCGAUCCCAGGCCCUUCAUCCGGUUGCUGUGCGUUGACCCCGUGAUUGUCUCCUCCUUCCGCCUUGACCGCGUCGUGUGCGUUGCCGAUGCGGGGAGGAUAGAGCAGCAGCUGGCAGAGCCAGUCCCUCUCAACAAGCUCAGCAAGGCUAGCGUGCAGGUCAGAAACGCCGACACUCUCCUGCUCAACAAGCUGGACAAGCUGCAGGAGGAGGAUCGGAGGCUUGUUCUAGAGCAGGUCAAGGUCGCGGCGAGGAGGUUGAACGAGGGAAUCCGGUUGAUGGAAGCGGAGACAGGAGGGAGGAUGGGGUGGUCGAGGCUGAUGGAGGCGGAGAGGGACCGAUCGCAGGACAAGCUUCCGUGCGGGGCAUGCGACGACGACGGCUACGAAAGGCUGGUGCAGAUAGUAAACCUUGAGGGUCACGAUCAAACGUAUCAGACGGCAUGCGUACAGGAGGAGGGGGGAGUGAUCUGGUCGAGGGCAAGGGAGUGGAUCGAUCGCGUGCUGCUGGAGGGGAGGGUGGAGGAGAUCAAAGGUUUCCUCUCGGUUUCGUAUGAGGAUCUUCCAGAGGACGUUGCGACGUACGCAAGCUCGUUUGAGAAACCGCACUUGAGAACGGUCUCCAUUAGUGCUAUCAAGGAUGACAUCAAGAUUGAGCUGAUAACAAGUGAAUCAAAGCUUCCUCACUCGGCCCUGGCGGACUCAGUCUCGGUAGCAGAGAGCGCUGCUCGGGCUGGUUUAGCCUCGAAGCUUUUCUUCGUCGGGAAAGGAAUCGACCAGUAUGAGCUCGAGGAGGGACUUCGAGCGGCGAUGGCGCCGCAAGGGUUCAUAGCUG